UCCCUGAAUGCAGGUUACCAUUUCUGUGGCGGGUCCCUGAUUAACCCUGUGUGGGUGGUCUCUGCUGCUCACUGCUACCAACCGCGCAUCCAGGUCCGGCUUGGAGAACACGAUAUUGGAGUUUUAGAGGGACCAGAACAAUUCAUUAUGUCAUCUACAGUAAUUCCCCACCCGCAGUACGACCCUUACGUCCUUGAUAACGACAUCAUGUUGGUCCGGCUCAGCAAACCCGCCAGGCUGAACACUCGGGUCCAAGCAGUCAGUCUGCCCACACACUGCGAGGUACCAGGUACCCGCUGUCUCAUCUCAGGAUGGGGGAACACUCUGAGCAAUGCAGACAAUUACCCUGAUCUUCUGCAGUGCCUCAUGGCACCCAUUUUGGGGCAUCAGGUGUGCCAUGAUGCCUAUCCAGGACAAGUCACGGAGAACAUGGUCUGCUUGGGUUACCUGGAAGGUGGAAAGGACUCCUGCCAGGGUGACUCUGGAGGUCCUGUGGUCUGUAAUGGGAGGCUGCAGGGUGUUGUGUCCUGGGGUUAUGGCUGCGCUUUGCCAGGAUACCCAGGUGUAUACACUAAGGUGUGUAACUAUGUGUCCUGGAUCGAGAACACAGUCAACAGCUAUUAGAUGCUUUGCGCAGAUGGAAAGAAGAGGUACCGAAGGCAUUCAGGGGAAAAUGCAAUAAAGACACAUUUGGCAACUGG